AUGGCAGAACGAAUACUCUCCUCGCCGAUGCCACGCAAUCGGUGGGAAAGCUGGGGAGACGAUUAUCUUGAGCAACAAGUCCUGACCUAUACAGGCGAUGCGGGAGAUCGGCAAGCUAAGCACGGGCAAGGAAGCAUUCCUUGGACGGAAAUCGCCAAAGCGCUGCUGGGGCGAUCGAACAAGGACUGUCGCAAGCGAUGGCUUAAGAUUGACCCGCGGUGGAAUGGUGGGCACCGGCAGCUGGAUGAAGAGCUGCGGCUGACUGAGGCCGUUAUGAGGCACGGCUAUUCGUGCGUUCAAGACUCAUAUUACCUUAUGUUCAUGGCUUUUGUCUCUAAUCUCAAGUUGGUUUACAGCAAGAACUCCCGGAUAGAUCGCGGCUGGACUUGGGCAACCAGGAUGUUCCUGCCAGAUGGUUUCAUGGACUUAAGCGGCAUGAUGCCGCCGACUCUGCGGACAGAUAUUGAGAUCGAAACUGCUACGCCUCCUAGUACACGCAUGGAUAGAGGUCAAAGGGUGUUGAUCGUUCUCGAAGAUGUGGAGAACACCACAAACGACACAUUAAAUAUAAUCUGGAGCAUAAGCUCAAUGCUACAAUCAAACCUAAUCAACUUUCGCACAGCAUAA